AGUCAAUAUUUGAUCGUACGCGAAACCGCGCUAUAAAAGGGUAAAAGGACUGUCCGGCAAUCACUCGUCUUGAGCGUGAACAUUCUUACUCGCUUGGUAGCAAAGAGUCAAGACACCAACUUCUUACCAAGGAACUGAGCAAUCAAAGAGGUCGUCAUGUCAGUAGAAAGAGGGAGCAAGCUUGAUGCGAGGUCGAUCCCCUUCACGAUUGAAAACAUUCUUCGCUCUGAUUCGCCGCCAGCCCCCUCACACGAGGCCGAGCCUGGGGUGACCUCAAACGCACUCACGCUGGCUGAAAGGCUUGCCGAUAUCAUAAUGGAAGUUCGUCACAGCGCGAGGACGGGCAAGCAGCGGCGUACCAGGACGGCGUUCACGCACCAUCAGCUGAGGAUACUAGAAGGGACGUUUAGCAAGACUCACUACCCAGAUAUCGUGAUGCGAGAGGGACUAGCGGCGUACACAGGUCUCACAGAGGCUAGGAUACAGGUAUGGUUCAAGAACAGACGUGCAAAACAAAGAAAACAGGACAAAGAAUCAACAGGAACACGGGACGCAUCACUAAAAGAGGACAAACCAAGAAACGAUACGGCGACCAGCAUGUCAAGAUGCGAUACGACAGUACAACCCCUGCUGCCAAGUAUUUCCAUUCCUUGUGGCUUAGCGCCAAACGGACAUGACUUGAACAAAUCAUCUAAGAAGAAUACUCCUUUGUCCGUGGGCUUAACACAACCGAUACCAUUUGCUCCACCAACAUCACUUCCAAUCUUUGGCUCUACCCGAGAAGACCAUAGUCGGAUGCUUCCCCUCACAUCUAGUGUAGAUUUGUGGAGAAUACAAGAAGCUAUGAGAAAAUAUCAGAUAGAAAGGGACUCUCGAUAUAGACCGUACUAGAACUAGAAUGAUCCAUAUUUGUUCAUACGUACUAAUACUAGAAAAGAAAAUAAAAAUUGUGCAUACAAUAUGAACCUCU